AUGAAGUCCGCAAUCCUCCUUGCCAUCACCCCUCUGCUUAGCCUCGGCACCUCCGCGGUCGUUCACAAGAACCGCAACCCCACACCGUCCUCCCUCAAGGCCCGCGACCAGGAGUGGUCCUUCAGCGUCUACCAAAGCAGCGUACGAUGCACGGGAGCACGCGAUCCGUACAGCGGUAGUGGCUCGCAGGGUUGCACCAAGGGGAUCCGGAACGGAUCCUUCGGCUCCUACACGAGCGGAGAUAUCGCUGAAGGAUGCUCGGUUUACAUCUACAACAACGACAACUGCGACUCGGAAGGAAUCAUUGAUAUCUUGACGAGCGCCGACCCCAGUGGUUGCUUGCAGCCGCAGCUUGAGGUUUCGGGGUCGGCCAGCUUCAAGGCGGAAUGCGAUUAG